CUCAUCGACGCGUCACUUAAAGCUUGAAUUCACAUCUAGGUCGUAAUUCUUUUGUUACCUAGUCUUAAAUAUUAUUACGUACGUGUAAUGACUUUACCGUGCCCAGUCGUUACUCUUACAUUAACGUUGUAUUAUUGAUGUAUUAAUCUUCGGACACUUUUCAUAUGCCAUCGAAUUUAAAGGGUGCCUUGCUCCACUAGAAAACGCGCCCUGUAUUUUGAAGCGUGCCAGCUGCGACAACCAUCCUCACGAUUAAAAUUCUUCAUUUAUUUGUGGAUAAUUCAUUCCAAACGAUGGGUGUAGUACAGUCAAAUUCACGGCAUCCUUGGUAGACUCAAGGGCGAGGAGGAUUAGAGGAACAUCCCGAUUCACAGCUGGAAGGCAUACCCCCUGAAGGAGGGGAGAAGCCUAUCAAGAUGAUGAGGGAACAUAUAGAUUUGACCACCGUCGUAUCAGACUCGGACGACUCGGACGACUCGGAUGUUGUAGAGAUUACCCCUCAAACGGCCAGACAGCCGCAACCCCAACUCCAACUUCAGUCUCACCCAAGGCCGGCGUCACACAGUCACAAUGUGGCAGGUACAUGUCUGUUACGUCCAGAUAGACAAACUUCAACUUCGGCAACCACUCAUGAGAACUCAGCUUCUACUUCUAAUUAUACGGCGACACCCUCUCGGCCAAUCCAAGGAUCUGCAUCCAAAUCCACCAACCAGGAUGGGAAGAUGGCCUCAUUACCGGUGAGAUCCGGUAGCAAUGUCACGAAUGGACCAGAUGCAACACCUUCAUCAAGUCAACACAAUCCUCCUACAACUCACCGAACUCCUAAAUCCUACACUCCACGCAAAAUUGAAUGGACCGCCGAAAAAUUCGAGGAAACUCUACGGGGUUUCUCGGAUGAGAUCGGUGCAGACGCCGCUAAUCUCACCGCCCGCCUUAUUCAUAUUGCUUGGAAAAAGGAGGCGCCUGAGCAGCGAUUCAUAAGCAAGAAGAACUGGUUCGAGGAUAUGAAGCGUACCCCCGUGGAGAGCGCUACAAGAUCCCCGGAUACGAUCAGAAUUAAGACAAAGCAAGUAGGCCAGGGGAGGUCUGGUAAGCAAGAAAAGCGAGAACACCAUCAAGUCAUCUGUAUCAAGACCAACAUGGAUACUGUCCCCUCCUACAGUUUCCAUCACGUUGAGAUCAGAAAAAAUAUCCUCUCUCCUAAUACUAUGCUUACAUAUGUCCCUCAUCUAAGAGACCUUGCGGACAAUGAGGAGGGCGUCUAUCGCCGCUGGCUCGAAAAUCUGGAGAAUAUGGACAAGACUUCUGGCUUUGCCACAUUAAGCAGGCACCAGAAAGUGACCAAGACCAUUCAAAAGGAGCGUGCUACUACUUUAUUGCUGUAUCUCGAUUCGUGGCUGGACAGACUUGCCCCAGAGAUCUGCAGGAAGGCUACACUCAUCCGUUAUAUGGCGAAUCAGGAUGAUAAUGUCACUCCUCAACAAAAGUCAAGUAUCCUGAACUCUUGUGUCGAUGAGCCCGAAUCUCCGCGAUCAGCUAAAGUAGUAGGGCUGUUCACAGAAGCAUUCGAUCGAGUUUUCAACAAUCCAGCUCUGCGUGAGCGCGCUGUGGCCCUUCGCGACGUCCUCCUACUAGAUAAGUCGGUUGACACCAUCGUCGAUUCUAAGAAAUGGAUGAAGGACACCCCUAGCCAGUCUAAGGUUGCGGAGGGACACACGGGCGUGGAAUCUUUCCUAGAAACGUACGCGCUACUUGGUUGCUUGAUCUGUACAAGCCAUUCUUGCGAGCAUGGUGAGUAUGGUGUCGAUAACGAGCGGAAACGGUUCUCCGUUGAGGUGGUUGGUGGCUUAACACCUUUGAUGCAACAGCAAAAGAUGCCAAAAUUAGAUGAAAAGGGAGAAGGUUCUCCUACCUCCCGCAGAGCCAAGAGUCCCUGUGGUGAAGACUGCUAUCUAAAUGGGCGACCGGGAACACGGGCUCGUGGAUGGAGCGAAACCGAGACAAUGGUCCUCAGUUCGCUUUUCUCGACCCUAAAAAAUACGGGCAUUCCGGUACAAUGCGCGACAGCCGUGGCUACCGGGAGACCCUGCUGGGAUUGCAACCGCCAACUUGAUAAGCUCAAGGAACAAGGCAAGCUCAGUCAACUAGCUCUCCCUAAGUCCUCUCCUCUGCCGGUCCAGGUAAAACCACUACCUUGGUAUGAUAGAAAGAGGAAGAUGCUCAUAGGGGAUUGGCAAGAUCAUACAAACACCCACGAACAUCAGAAAAAGGAUUAUUUCGAUCCAUGCAACCACGAUGGACCCUGCACGUACAAGAACUGCGGAUGCGUUCAAAAUCAUAUCAUGUGCGAACGAUUCUGCAGAUGUACGGCAACGAUUUGUGCCAAUAAAUUUACCGGCUGCGCUUGCCACUCACACGGAAGGGCGUGUACCUCAAAGCAAAAGGACAAGCCUUGCAUAUGUGUGCAGCUAAAUCGAGAAUGCGAUCCUGCCCUAUGUGGAAGCUGUGGUGCGGCCGAAAGAGCCGACCCAGCAAAUGCAGACAAUGACUAUAUGCAUGACACCGGUUGUCAAAAUUGCGCGUUACAACGAGGCAAGUCGAAGUCAGUCAUGCUUGGAAGGUCUAGAAUUGCCGGUUACGGGCUUUUCGCAACCGAGGAUAUCGCCCAGGACGAGUUCGUCAUCGAGUAUGUUGGUGAGCUUAUCAGUCAAGAUGAAGGAGUCCGCCGCGAGGCGCGCCGUGGAGAUGUAUUCGAUGAAUCCUCUAAUUCAUCUUAUCUCUUCACUCUGCUAGAACAAGAAGGUAUCUGGGUUGAUGCCGCUAUAUACGGUAAUCUCAGCCGUUAUAUUAACCAUCAGGAAACUAACUGCAAUGUGACCCCUCGGAUCCUCUAUGUGAAUGGUGAAUACCGCAUUAAAUUCACCUCUCUCCGGGAUAUAAGGGCUGGAGAGGAACUAUUUUUCCAUUACGGCGAGAAUUUCCCCAAUCUCACGAAGAAGCUUUUACAAGAAGAGAAGGCUGAGAAGAAACGACGCAAAGCCAAGGAGCAGGCCGCCAAAACAAAGAACGACAGUGAAAAGCCAAGAAAGAAGCCUGGUCGCAAACCGGGAAGGAAACCGGGUCGUAAGCCAGGCCCCAAACCUAAGAAGAAGACUUUUGCCACAGUCGAUUCAGAACAAGAUGACGAUGAUGUCCUUGAUCCUCCGGAAGAACUAUUCCCUAACAUUGACAAGUCGCGCAAGCGAAAGCGUGGUGUUGACGAAGAUGAUUCCGAUGAACGUUCAUCCACGCAGAAUCUAUCCCGUUUUAGAAAACGACUCGGAGACCCGAAAGCAAGAAAAAGCUUCCCAAAUACAGCACCCAAGAACCGAAAAAUCGACGAGGACAACGAACGCGACGCCUCGCCGAAACGCCAACGUAAGAAGCCCCGAAGACUUAUUGACGAUGCCACGUUGGAUGAGAUUGACGAAGCCUUGGUAGAAGAAAGCAAACCCAUAGUUACGCCGAAGCGUCGGGGUAGAAAACCGAAGCAUAUAAAAGAGAGCAGCAAUACUGAAGCUAAGGGAGGCGAGGCGGAUACGGUGGUUAUCGGGGGUACAAAAAACCCCCCUUCACGUAGCGUCCCAGGCAGCGCCCAAGGCAGUAACAGUAACCGUUUUAAGCAUACGGAAGCCCGACUAGAGCUCAACUCUGACUCGGCCGCCGACGAAGACACGCCGUCUCGCAUCCGAACUCGACGACAGGUUAAGGAAGUAGAGGAGUCUAGUCCACUCUCGACACCAGGAGACUCAGGUGCCGAAUUCAACGGCCUCGACUUGUCUGAUAAUGAUGCACGACCGGCCUCCAAGCGAGAACGCAUGAAGAAGGUCGCAAGCGGCGACGACGAGUACAAUGGUAGUAGCUGGAGGGAUGAUCACGGGGCUAGACACCACGGCGGUGGCAGCGAUGAUAGUGACGACGAUGAUGAUGCGCCUAUUGACCGCUCGCGACCCAGACGUAAGCCUGCCAGGUACGAGGACUAGGCCUUAUACUCCAGGAACCCCAUCUUUUUGACAGUGUUGAGUUAGUUAAUACGCGAUGAUUUAUCCAAAUGGAGCAUCCUACAGGACCAGUUGGCUCCAUCGCUUCGACCGCUUUGGUUUCUGCCAUUAUGGAAGGACCUACAUGAAUACCACAACGAUAAAACCCGCCAUACUUAUAGGUAACUUGCUUAAGUAUUGCUGGCCUUAGGAGAACGAUAAUCUAAGAGGGAGAACGAUACCUGAUAAUGUCCGAGACAACAGAACCAAUGGACUCAACUGCAGAUUUACACGAUGAAUAUGCUGUUUUAAUUACAUAUAGCUAGUAGGCUCUAGCAGCCGAGUAUUAAGUACUUUAAUCAAACGAUGCUUUUUUUUUCUACCAUUUUUAUA